AUGCAUUUCCCAAUCAUCUUCGGGCUCUCAGCAGCUCUCCCUCUCAUUGUAGCGAGCCCCGUUCAAUUUCCUCUGCCGGAUGGUUUCCCCAACCCUUCUGCGGAUCAAGUCGUCGCAAUUCAGCAGAAAGCAGGCGGCUCGCUCCCAGGCGGCCCUCUCCCAGCAAGCUUGCAACCGAACGGCGUGACAGCCCUCAAGCUCAUCGCACUCAACGAGAUCUUCGAAGUCGCUUACUUCACUUCACUCCUCUACAAUAUCACUCAUGAGGUCGCUGGCUAUGGACCGGACGUAUACAAGCCAGUGUUGAAGCAAUUUCUCGUUGAUACCUUCACUGCCGUGGUGAAUCAAGAAGAACUUCACGCAGUGGCCACCAACGCCGCCCUCAAGAACGCAGGCCAAACACAGAUCCAGCCGUGCAAAUUCCAGUUCCCAGUCACAGACUUUGACGCAGCCAUCGCCCUCGCCGCGACGUUCACCGACGUCGUCUUCGCUACUGUCCCUCAAGCCCAGGCAAUUUUCACCGCCGACGGCGGAGACGAGAGCGGUCUCGUUCCCCUCUUCAGCUCCGUGAUCGGGCAAGAAGGCGAGCAAAACGGCGUCUACCGCUCCCUCCAAAAAAAGGUGCCGUCUUCCGCACCCUUCCUCACGGGCGGAGCACCAGACUUCGCUUUCACAGCUCUCCAGGGUUUCAUUCUUCCCAACUCGUGCCCUCAACCACUUUCAGAUAUCCCACUCAAGACCUUUGGGAAACUCGACGUGGUGAGCACGCCCGAGGCGAAGAACAGUACUAUUGAGUUCGCGGUGCCAGCUGGCCCUUCCAUUGAUGUCUCCGCAAACGCGAUCGUGUAUCUGAGCGGGCAGAACUUGCCUUUGACGGUGCCAAUUAGUGAUAUCACUUAUGCGAAUGGAGAGGCGCACUUCAAGGCGGCGUUCCCGUUCGAGGCUGGCUUCGCCAAGGGGUUGACCAUUGCUGCUUUGGUGAAAGGGACUGGAAACUUCAAGACUGCGGGUGAGGUAGUGAAAGUUGCUGUCAAUGGUCCUGGCUUGAUUGAAGUCGGGUAG